AGAAACAUGAUUUUCAAAGGAAAGAUUGCUGUCAAACAGCACACCUAGGUUCCUAACUGAUGAUGAAGAAUUAACAGAGCAGCCAUCAAGUGAUAGGCUGUGUUCUAGAUUAUUAUACUGCGGUUACUGUAGGGUUUAUAAACGAGAUAUUGCACACCAGUGUCUAAAACGAGCCGAGAACCAACUUCAUUUAAGGACAGCGGGAAUUUGACGCGGUUGACCAGGAUCAGUGAGCAGUAAGGACCGACUUCAGGCCCCGAAGCGCCUGAGGAUUCACUGCAUUUACAUCUAUUCAUUUAGCAGAGGGUUUAUCCAAAGCAUCUUACAAAUGAGGAACUCUUUGACCAGGACAUUACCAACUAAGUGUGUUUGGAAAAGAAGUUGGGUUGGUUUGUGUUUUUAUGUAUUGCUUCAUAUAUUCUUAAACGUUUAUUAAUUGACCUUGUGCUUGUUAAAUGUAGUUUAUUUGUUUCUUUAUCGAAUAUUUAUCUGCCCCUGGCAUUGGCAAAUGUAUGCAUUUACACUUAUUUUUUGCAUUUUGUUAUUUGUAACAUUGCAGUUAUAUUCAAAACGAUUUCUUUAGAUUCAUUUUUCACUUUAGAUUAGUCUGGCGUUAGUGAAGCGUUAGCUGAUGGACUGCCUGGCGAUCAGGAGAUCUUUCACCUGACGUCUGUCGAGGUCCAGGUCGAGAUGUCAGAAGCAUCGGCUGAGGGAUGAGCUAGGAGGUGUGGUUUUUGUGAAUGAGAAGAUGGACAGAGCUGUAGUGAGGUGGUGUAGAUUCAGAAGAGAAGCGGGCUGCGCACCGAACCCUGAGGCACACCACCGGUGAUUCGUGAUGAAGAGAGUUUUGCUCUUGUUUCUUCUGGCAGCUCUGUCGCGUGUGGCGUCCUCACAGACGUGUAUGUUUUACUUUGUGCCGAAUUCGAUGAGUUGGUGGGACGCACAGACGAACUGCAGACAGAAGUACAACGACCUGGCCAUCCUGGACGACCAGGCGGAUCUGGACGAGAUGAUGAGAGUCAUACGGCAGUUUCACAACGGAGACGUGUGGAUCGGACUCAGUCGGACGGACAAGAGCGCUCCCUGGGUCUGGUCCGAUCAGAGCCCGUCCACGUUCAUCCCGUGGGCUCCCGGGCAGCCCAACAACUGGAACAACAGUCAGUACUGCGUAGCAAUGACCCCGAAGGCGCUUCUCAAUGAUCUGGACUGCCCGAGAACCCUUCCUUUUGUUUGUUUUACUGCCGAGAGACGCAAACAGAUGGUGAGGCUGGAGGUCAAAUCAAGUGAAAAUGUGAACGACCCUGCGGUGAGAACAGAGAUCCUGCUGCAGAUCAGGAACAUACUGAAGGAGAACGGGCUGAUGGUUUAUUCAAAGCUCUCAUGGAAAGUUCAGCCAGAUGGAAAUGUUUUCCAGACGAGCCGGAAGAGCGAUGCCACUUAACAGCCUGGACCCUAAAAGUGAUUCACUAUUAAUUAAUAGGAUCACAUCUUAUUAUUAUUAUUAAUAAAUAAUACUAGGAAUGCAUUGUUUUGACUUGGGAUACGCUGAUACUUGAACUAGUUUAUUUGCUACCGUUUAUGGUGACAAAGAACUGUGUGAGGAAAUAAUCAGCUUGAUAAUGUUAGGUAACUUUGAUAGAAAGGCAUGUAAUGGAUUACAUUCAACCCAAAAUGAUUCAGACAGCAUGACGAUAUCUACGCAGCUAUCACUGUUCCAGAGAGCCCUUGACCUCGGUGACGCUGUUCAACCAGGUUCAUGCUAACUUCCCAGGCUUGCUCUGAAAAAUGCUUGGUUCCAAACUUUUAAUGUCACCGUUUACUCUUUGCUAUCCUCACUUACAUAAAUCAACUAGUGACUGCAUUUUUUAAAUUAUAUUUGGUCUCUGAAUAUUGUCUUUGUUAACUUCACAGUUCUUUAGAAUUUGUCUUACUUACUUAAUUUGUGUUACAGGGGCAAAGCCAAAAAUGCAUAAAAGUGUAGUUAACAUUUAACAUUGUAAUUUCAACUAUUUUUUUAUUUUACUAAUAAUGUAUACAUUAUUAAAAUUAAAAGUAUAGCAUCUUAACAUUUGUGUCCGAGUUAACGCGUAACAAUGAACAGAUGUAUUUGUAUUAAUUAACAUUAAGAGACGUAAUUAAUAUUAAAACAAAUGCAUUGCUCACUUUUAAUGUUAUUUGAUGCAUGAAUUAACAUCAGAGCCCGGCCCCUCUUCAGGAGCACAUAAAUGUCCAGGAUGUUUCGGAGAAGAGUAUGUAGACACAAAGAACUGAUAAAUGGAUUGAAGCGUAGAUGUAGAUAUACCUAGAUGCCUCAUUAGCGACUGUUUCUAUGGGCCGCGGUACGUAAGCCGUCCGCCAUGUUGUAGCGGCCUGAUUUGACGUCAUUCACCAUAAUAAUCAAAGAAUAUUCGAAAGAAGCCACAAUCCAAAACGGCUCUAGUGUUGUGAAUGACGUCAGGUUCACCCUUCCAAUAUGGCGGCCGCAUCUACUGGAGCAUCUGCGGUUGUGUAGUAAAUUGCAUUCAUUUGGAAAUUGACCAACUUCUGCCACAUCUGAAUGGCCCGCCUGGAGCUUCGCCACUGCUGCGGUACGUCAUCUUUAAUUUAACAGCACUCUGUGUGUGUGUGUGUGUGUGUGUGUGUGGAGGACGUUAUGGCACAUGGAGUAUUCAUACUUUCCUGCACCUUGUGUUCAUUACUGGGCAGCCAAUGGCCUCCUGGUUCAGAACGACGUGUGGGUAAGUGAUUAAUGACAAAAUCAAUUUAGCCCUGCUGAAAAAAAAACAGUAGAAAAUCUAAUAUUGUAAUGUAGGAUUAUUGGUUAUGAUGAGAAUUGCAUUGGUUUUAAUGGAAGUAUAAUGGUGUCUACUGGUAUGUGAUGGAUAUCGGUGGGACGUUAAAUCCUUUUGGAAAAGUGCCCAAAACACACUUCAAAAAGAAAUUUUGUAAUGGUUUCACUGGAAAAAGUCAAUGGUUCAUAAUGGAUUUUUUAAUGAAAACUAUUAGAAUUUCUGUGAUGGUUUCUAUGGUUUUUUUGCAGGGUUAUUACAGCCUGUGACGCUGAAUAUGCAUCUGCUUUAUUUUUUGUCACUGAAAAUGACUCGUUAUGGACAUCAAGUUGUUGUUUUUAGUAAUCGAUCUUAGGACAAGUACAGAUAUACAGCUUUCUUUACAGUUUAUGCAUCAAAGUUACUGUAAUGAGAACAAUACGUACGCUCAGCAUAUAAUGGUUUUGAUUUUGUAAAUCAUGUUGCAAAUAAACUGCUAAUUUGUGCGUUUAUAUAAAUGCUUGUCAUGCAAAUCUCUGCUGUCAUGGAUUGAAUUUCAGUCGCUUUUGUAAAGUAUGUAAAAUACUUCAUAAUAAUACAGGGCAAGUUAAUGUCACUCAGAUACACGAGCAGAAGAAGUUCAUUCCACAGACUGAUCGAGACGGAGGACACGGUUGUUUAUGAUGAAGACUGCUUUGCUCUUGGUUCUUUUGCAAGGUUAGUUUGGUGUGUUUUCCAAUUUGUCAUAAUUAAAAAAAAAAAGAAAUUAUCCUAUACAGCUACUGUAUCUACUAUAUCCUUUUUCUAAGGCCUCUAAAUGGUCAGAACAUUGCUGUUAAACCUGCUUUACUUACAGUCUGCUCCAUGUCUUCUGUCGUUUGAUCGAUAGUUUUAGAGUUGUUUUUCUGUCAGAUCUGGACUGAUUCUGAUCAAGUAAAGCUCAUAUCUCCAGAUCAACUCUUACUGUCUUUACUUGAUUCUCCAUCAAUCAUUUUCUAGAAGAACCUGAUCAUCAGGAUCUUCUGAGGAGCUUUACUUUGAUCUUCACGAACCUCCAAAACAUCAUCUGAGGAGCGUGAGAGAUGGAGAUUUUCACAUUUUCACUUUAUUUUGAUGGUCCCUUAUGAAGAUUCUGUUGACUACAUUUUCUCCUAUAAUGCCUGAUGAGGUUAGAGAUCAUUCCUUCAUCCAGAAUCACUUCUUCUCUUCAGUUCACUUCAGUCAUCUGGACUGGAAUGACCAGCAAAAGCUUGGUUUUGUGUUCAGUUUUUUACCCAUUUUUGGGUCGUUAGAACGGGUAUGUGAUAGAAUCCAUGAUGUCGUGUCUAAACAAGACGUCCAGGAAAAGCAGAACGAUAGCAGUAUAUUUUAUUGUACACAUGAGCUACUUUUUCUCCAUUUUCAGUGUUUGCUGCGAAAAAGUCACUCUUUGACUAUUUUUUAAAGGUUUUCUGACCCAGAGACUCAACUCUUUUCUCCAGCUGUGGUCACUUGAGUCUUUAUCCGCUCAAACUCUCCUUCUCCGCGGUCUUUAGGACGAUAUAGACACACAUGCUCUUCCAGGCAGUUUGGUAAUAUUUUCUGUUGAUUGGAAAUGAUUAAUUAUUGCCGUGAUGGUGGAGACUUUUCACUGCUCUCUUUUUUCUUAAAGACACUUCACUGAUUUGUGAAGCUCAGGUAUCUUUUGCUGCACAUCAGAAAUAUAUUUGGGUUUUUUCUCAUCGUGAUAAAUGAUUUGGGCUUCGUUUUCUCUGCUAUAUAUAUUUUUAUGAAACACGAAGCCAUGGCCGGACAAUUUCAUAUUCAUACUCACCCUGGAGUGCUCAAAAUAUGCAAAUGUUAGUGGGAAUAUACUUCAAAUGUAUUUUACUCAUAAGAAUUUCUAGGGGUGCCAUUAAUUGUGUCCGAUGUGUAUUUGAGAAAAACAUAAUUUAUAUUGAUAUUUCCCCCCAUUUAAAAUCCUUUUUAUCUAAUGCUAGGUUAGAUUAUGAUUGGCCGUGACUGUGUAUCAUUACCAAACUGCAUGUUUGUGCUUAGUUUGAGAUGUUUAAUCUCCAUGUACCCACUAUAUCAGGCUGAAUCAGAUAUGAUAUCUAUCUAAACGUGCACGAUUAUUCUUUUACUUCAUAUGUCAGGCUUUCAUAUGUUUUUUUUGCACCAAAAAACCAAAAGCAGUGUUUGUGUCUUGUCUUCUUCAGCUCUGAUCGCCGUGGUUUCCCCUCAGAGUCAGACUCACGUGUUUUAUCUGGUUCCCGUGGAGAUGAGCUGGUCGGCCGCGCAGAAGCACUGCAGACGGCAUUACACCGAUCUCGCCUCCAUCGACGACCGGGAGGACUACG